AUGGCCUUUCGCGGUGAACGUUUCGUCCUCGAUCUGGGCUCCGAUGAUGAGUCUUCUCCAGCGGGCACCUACGAUGACUCUCAGGGUGCCCCGACCCUCAACAUCCCCGGGAUGAUCGGCGAAAUCCGUGAACGCUCCCCCGCCGCAGCCCCCCCCCCGCCUACUCCAAAACCUACCACCACCGGCUUUCCAGCUCAUCGCCGUCGGACCAAACCCUCUACUUUCAAACAGCGACGAGACCCAGCUCCGUCUGCAUCUGCAUCCGCCUCUGCUUCUGCUCCGAGUCCAAAGGAUGAGAAAACGGCCAUUGCGCAGGAGAAUGCGCGGCAGCUGGCAUCCAUGUCGGAUGCGCAGAUUGAACAUGAGCGCCAGGAGCUGAUGGAAUCUAUGGACACCUCUCUACUUGAGCGCUUCCUCCGCCGAGCUCGUAUCGACGCCGAUGACACGCCCACCAGCUCCAAACCCACCCGCGAACAACCUGUUGCUCCUGAACCAGUCCAAGACAAGAAGAAAGAAAAGGAAGAUGAAGUUGCUGCACCUGCUCCGCUUUCACCACCACCAGCAACAACAAAGGCAGCAGCAACUACCUCAACCACAACCGCCAAACCACCCUCCCCCAACAACGGCUCUUCCCAAGAUGACGUCCCACCCACCCAAAUUCCCUCCGACCUCCACGCCGCCGCCGAACUCCCCCCCUCAGGCAGCGUCCACUUCCCCGCGCCUCCAUCCCAAGUCUCCCCAAUGCCCAACCUAGAUCCAUCUUCUCCCUCCUUCCUCUCCGACCUCCAAACCCACUACUUCCCCAACAUCUCGCACGACCCCUCCGCCCUCUCCUGGCUGCAACCCCCCUCCGCAGACCCCGAGGACCCAGACUCCACGUCCGCCUACCACCCCGCCAGCAACGCCGAAGCCGUCCACCCAGCCAACCUACGCUUCUCCCUCCUCGGCACGGUGCUUUCCCCAUCCACAUCUCUCUCCCUUCCCACGACCCUGGGCCUGCACCAUCAUGGUAAAGACCCCCACGCAGCAGGGUACACCAUUCCCGAGCUGGCUAUCCUCAGCCAGUCGACGUUCCCGGCGCAGCGGUGCAUCGCGUGGCAGGUUCUCGGGCGGAUUCUGUUCCGGUUGGGCAAGGGCCAAUUCGGAGAAAGAGGGAGUCCGCUGGUCGAGGGGCUGUGGUCUGUUGUGGAGAAGGAGGGUGUUGUGGCGGGUAUGUUGGCUGAGGCGGAUGGAGCGACACCUGGGACGGGUCCUGCUCGGCGUGGUGGGCAGGAGCAAGAAAGUGAGGAAGAAAAGGUGAAGGAGAAUGCCACUGCUGGUGCCGGGGGUACUGGUCGUCGACAACAUGCUAGUGCUACUGCGUGGGCCGUUGAGGGUGUCUGGCUUUGGCAGAUGGGAGGCGGAGGUGAUCGGGGCGUGUUGAAGGAGGGUGCCAUUCGGUCUCAGUGA